AUGGCGGCACCCUCAUCACACCGUCCCCGCAAGAAGGGAAGAAUCGCGACCUCCCCCGGCUCCAACAAUAAUUUGAUCUUGGAUAUUGGUGAUGGAAAACAAACUCCGGCAUUUCCGCUUGUCUCCUUCCUGUGGGCUGCACGAGCAGGUGUUUCUCAAUGGCUGAUCCUUCCUCUCAUCCUGAUGGCCGUUGGCCUCUUUCGAUGGGCUGUGAGCUUGUGGGGUUACUCUGGCUUUCAGGUUCCUCCGAUGCAUGGUGACUUUGAAGCGCAACGCCAUUGGAUGGAAAUCACCACGCAUCUCCCAACGACACAGUGGUACACCUACGAUUUGCAGUAUUGGGGUCUGGACUAUCCACCACUGACUGCAUACCACAGCUGGCUACUUGGGAAGAUUGGCUCCGCCUUUGAUCCAGCUUGGUUCGCUCUGGAUGUUUCCCGAGGCUUCGAGGACCCCCAUCUCAAAGUAUACAUGCGCGCCACCGUCAUUGUUUCCGAGUAUCUCGUGUUCAUCCCCGCCGUGGUCACUUUCCUCCGCCGCUACACACGGAUACAGGGCGUCCAUGCGUGGUCUGCCUCGAUUGCUCUUGCGGCAAUCCUUCUACAGCCAGCGAACAUCCUCGUCGACCAUGGCCAUUUUCAAUACAAUACAGUUAUGCUAGGUUUGGUUGUCGCGAGCUUGGACGCUAUCUUGGCUGGGCGUAUGCUCUGGGCCUGUAUUUUCUUCGUUGGUGCAUUGGGAUUUAAGCAAAUGGCGCUAUACUAUGCACCGGUCAUGUUCGCCUAUCUCCUCGGCGUCUGCACUUUUCCUCGGCUCCACCUUCCCCGCCUCGUUAAUAUAGCCCUCAUCACGCUGGCGGCUUUUGCGCUGCUUUUGGCUCCCCUCAUGCUUGGUGCUUCCACUGCUGAAGCCAGAGAGUUGUUCGCAUCUGCUCCAGUGCCCCCUUUGUUGCAGUUGCUUCCUGCUCAAGUUGACAAGAACUCCAUUCUAUAUGGCUUGCUGUUCCAGCUAACGCAGAUCAUACAUCGCGUGUUCCCCUUCGCACGUGGCCUUUUCGAAGACAAAGUCGCCAACGCUUGGUGUGCCAUUCAUACUUUCUAUAAGCUCACCCGCUUCGAUGCUUCAUUGUUGCAGCGGGCAUCUCUCGGUGCUACUUUGACGUCCAUCAUCAUUCCAUGUGCAAUCAUCUUCCGCCAUCCGCGCGCCUCCCUUCUCCUUCCCGCUCUGUCCGCCGUCUCCUGGGGAUUCUUCUUGUUCUCUUUCCAGGUACAUGAAAAGAGUGUUCUAUUGCCUCUUCUACCGAUGACCUUGCUUCUUGCUGGUGACGGUGGACUGAGCAAAGAGAUCCGUGCUUGGGUGGGCUGGGCCAAUAUCCUCGGCUCCUGGACCAUGUACCCUCUUCUUAAACGUGAUGAGCUGCGGGUUCCCUACAUAGUUCUUACUCUGCUUUGGGCAUAUCUCCUUGGUCUCCCUCCUACUUCGUUCGAGACUUACCGAAGCCGGGCAUCCCAAGAAGCAAGUCAAUUCGAGCCAAGCACUCUCACCACUAUCCUGCACUUUGGUUUCUAUUUAGCCAUGAUUGCCUGGCAUAUUCUUGAUGCAUUUGUGGCUCCACCCCCUGGCAAGCCUGAUCUAUGGGUAGUGUUGAAUGCUUUGAUCGGGGCUGCUGGUUUCGGGACUGCCUAUCUGUGGUGUAUGUGGAAACUGUUCACCCAGUGCCGCCAGAUUGAUCGACAGGCAUCUGUGGAGGACAAUCAAAAAAAGAAGCAGUGA